CCUCCUACGCCCGCCCUCACACACGCGGAGCGGCGCUGGGGCGGGCCCGCACGGCGCGCUCCCCGCGCCUCCUCCCGCUUUCCCAGCGGCCCGGCCCGGCCUCCCGAUCCCGCGUGCGGUAUUUCAGGGGAUUUCAGUGUGCUCGCUUUGGUUUCAUUUGCCACCCAGAGGGUCUCAGGAGCCAUCUAGAAGCCUUGUCCCCGCCGGUGCUUUUCAGCCAGGGCUCUGUAUGUUUAGAAGAUACUGGAAGAAUAUGGAAAUGCUGGUGAAUUGCUUCUCUUGGAUACAAUUGCCUUACUUUUAAGAGAAGGUUUUUAUUUGAGGACAAACUGAAAUUAUUGUGUCCUCCUUAAAGACCUUGAUGUUUGGGUUCUGCUGACAGAAAGGUGGUGGCUGAAGUUGCCGGUGAAGAGCCUGCUCCACCAGUGGUGCACAGUCCUUGGAGUGAAGAGGCUAUGUAUUGAUCUUGCUCUUAAGCAAACGAGGAAGUAAGCCAUUCUUGCUUCUCAGGGCUUUCUAUCCUACACUGUGCCUUAAAUAUGGAAACUGUAGAAAUGAAUAGCGUAUCCUUGAAACGUCCUCAUUCCGAGGAUGAUGCGGCUAAUGCAGAUGAAAUUAAAAGACAGAAGAUCUCAGAGAACUCAAAGACAGGAAGCAACUCUGAGCAGAGUGUUCAGACUGUAACAGAACAACCUGACAAAUCUCUGCUUGAGGACGCAAAAAAUGAAGUAAUUCCCAAUGAGGAAGGUGAGGAGCAAGAUGAGGAGCUAGAGGACAGUGAUGAAGAUGGAGAUCCAGAGAGCUUUGCAGACAUGAUGAAGCAUGGACUGACAGAAAGCGAUGUUGGCAUAACUAAAUUUGUUAGCUGUCAUAAAGGAUUUUCUGGAAUCUUAAAAGAGAGGUACUCAGACUUCGUUGUUCACGAAAUAGGCAAAGAUGGACGCGUGAGCCAUUUGGAUGACUUCACUGUUCCAGUGGAUGAUGAGGACCCGUCGGAAGAAACAUUCACCGUUUUGUCAGAUGAAGACAAACAGCGUUUAGAGGAGCUUCAGCUUCUUAAGAAUAAGGAAACUAGUGUAGCCAUAGAGGUCAUUGAAGACACUAAAGAAAAAAGAACAGUUAUCCACCAAGCUGUUAAAUCUUUGUUUCCUGGACUGGAGACUAAAACAGAAGAUCGAGACGGAAAAAAAUACAUUAUUGCCUAUCAUGCUGCUGGGAAAAAAGCGCUGGCAAAUCCAAGAAAACACUCUUGGCCAAAAUCCAGGGGAAGCUACUGCCAUUUUGUACUGUACAAGGAGAACAAGGAUACUAUGGAUGCCAUUAAUGUCCUAUCAAAAUUUUUAAGAGUGAAGCCAAACAUAUUUUCUUACAUGGGAACUAAAGACAAAAGGGCUAUAACAGUUCAAGAAAUUGCUGUUCUUAGAAUCACUGCACAAAGACUCGCUCAUUUGAAUAAAUGCUUGAUGAACUUUAAAUUAGGAAAUUUCAGUUACAAGAAUCAUCCUCUGAAAUUAGGAGAACUGCAAGGGAACCAUUUCACUGUUGUUCUCAGAAAUAUAACAGGAACUGAUGACCAGAUAGAGCAAGCAAUGAACUCGCUCAGGGAAAUUGGAUUCAUUAAUUACUAUGGAAUGCAAAGAUUUGGAACCACAGCUGUUCCUACAUAUCAAAUUGGCAGAGCUAUUCUACAGAACAACUGGAAUGAAGUAAUGGAUUUGAUAUUAAAACCACGACCAGGAGCUGAGAAGGGAUACUUAGUAAAAUGCAGAGAAGAAUGGGCAAAGACUAAAGAUCCAGCAGCAGCUCUCAAAAAACUACCUGUAAAAAGGUGCGUGGAAGGACAGCUUCUACGCGGACUGUUAAAGUAUGGAAUGAAGAACAUAAUCUCUGCAUUUGGCAUAAUACCAAGAAAUAAUCGUUUAAUGUAUAUUCAUAGCUACCAGAGUUAUGUGUGGAACAAUAUGGUGAGCAAGAGAAUAGAAGAAUAUGGGCUUAAAGCUGUACCAGGAGAUCUCACACUUAAAGGAGCCACAGCUGUACACAUUGAAGAAGGAGAUGUUCAUAACUACACCAUCCACGAUGUAGUGAUGCCAUUACCUGGAUUUGAUGUUAUAUAUCCAAAGCAUAAAAUUGGAGAAGCCUACAAGGAAAUGCUAGUAGCUGACAAUCUUGACAUCAACAACAUGAGGCAUAAAAUCAGAGACUAUUCACUUUCUGGAGCAUACAGAAAGAUUAUCAUCCGACCUCAGAAUGUCAGUUGGGAAGUCGUUGCAUAUGAUGAUCCUAGAAUCCCGUUAUUUACAACAGAUUUGGAUAAGCUGGAAGGAAAACCUUUACCAGUUCUUCCUACAGAUGGUAAAUUCCGGGCACUGAAGAUGGAGUUCUCCCUUCCCCCAUCCACUUACGCUACUAUGGCAAUUCGAGAAGUUUUGAAAAUGGACACAAGCAUAAAGAACCAAACACAGCUGAAUACUACCUGGUUACGCUGAAUGAACUGCUAGCAUGGCCUAGAUUUUAACGUGUAUAAAGUGUUUUCCUACUUAUGUUCUGUACAAAUCUUUAAAGGGUGGUAGUAAGAGAUUUGUAUUUUUUUAAGUUUUUAUUAGUGCAAGCAUUUAAAUUAAGUAGUUAUUAGCAAGAUGCUGGUUGUAAUGUAAUACAGGCCUUAGUGACUGGUGCUUUUUAACUAACGGACCACGAGGUUGCUUGAGCUGUGUUGCUGCAUCUGUGAGAAGCGGGCUUAUAGCUCCAGACCUGGACAAACGUUCAUCUUGCUCUCUUUCGGUGAGCAGUGAAUGUUUUUGAUCAACUCAGCACACCUUGAAGUCUCUUCAAGUGUAUUAAAUUACAGAUUUAGGAAAAUUAGUUCCAGCUGAAUGAAGAUACUGAUGGUAUUUGCUUCCAAGAAGCUGCUGCAGUCAGCAAGGCUGGCUGUGUGCUGUCACAAGGCACAGCUGUUUUUAUUAGCCAAGGUCUUCUUCUGUGGAAAAUGUGUGCAUUUUCCAGCUUUGCCACUACCUGUGCCAAGAAGAGGUACUGGGAAUAAGUUAACCAGGAAGAACUGUGUGUCAGUCCGUAGUGCCUCGCUCUGUCCUGGCUGAGCCAGGCUGCUGCUGGGAGACAGAGCGAGGCUGUUCUACAGCGGCAGCUGUGCUGCGUUUUCAACAAUUCUAAGCCAAAUCGGGAAUUCGUGCUGCUUGUGUGAAUAAAAGCCCGCAAACGGAA